AUGUUAUUGACGUUCGGUCUUUCAUCAGCUUCAUCAUUGCCGACCUGUUUUAUUUCGACACCGUUUGUCGGCGAAUGGAUACAACCUGGUCUUGCUGAUUCGAUAACAAUCAAUAAUACAUCGUGUUCAUUAAAGGGAACAUGCAUUGCUACUAUUGGACACCAAGAUGCGAAAAAUAAAUUUAUCUUUUAUAACGAACAGACAAGAUGUAAACGAUGUGUUCUAUUUAUUUCAAGACAUUCAAAUGCAUUACAAUAUCGUGAAAGCGAAUGCUUCGACGCCGACGACGAUGACAAUACACGUAUUUGUGGAUCAAUCACGCCUGAUACAGUUUUAUAUACACUCUUCCGGGAAAAUCCAGAAUCAAUUCCAUGCCCAUUUGAUCAAUCGUGGCAUUUCGGAAAGACUCGUCAAGUAUCGAAAGUUUGUCAUCCGAAAGCUUUUCAACAUUGUUUGUCAUCAAAUACAUUUGAAGUAUCAUAUAAUAAUCAAUGUCAAACUAAUAAAAAUGUAAGAGCAACAUGUUUUGCUCGUUUCACUGAUGGAAAUAUCAAUUAUGUUGUUGCUCGAAGUAAUGAUCGCAAACGAUUUGUUUGUUUUUCAUAUUCAAAAGCAAAACGUGAUGAACAACAUACGUUGCCCAAUGAAGUUUAUUUAUCGAUGGAUGAAACAUGUCGAGAUUUACUUACAAGAGAAUCAGCUAUUGUAUUAAAUGUACUCCCAGAUACAUAUCAUCGACAGUAUGAAUCAAAAAUUCAAUUACCACACUGGACUCAAGGAAAAUGGUUAACUAUUGGAACAAGCAGUAUGAAUAUGAAUUCAGUUUAUAUAAAUAAUACACAACUUAUUAUAAAAAUCAAUGGUGAUCAAACCAUUCUGCAUGAUUUGAAAUUAACUCGACUUGUACUGAAAAGUCGACAACAUGAAAAUACUAUUCGAAUUAAAGCUAAAUCUUUUGAACAAUGUUCGUCUAUUCUCUAUUGUAUUCAAUUAACUUAUCGAUCCCCCGCAGUUAUGGAUCUUUCAAUAGGUUUCGAUCAAAAUAAAUGUCAAGUUAGUCAUUUACAUUAUACACUUUUCAAACCUUCGGCCUCUUCGAAUAUUUCCUGUCCACAAAUGGGUAUUUAUAGCUCAUCGAAAACCUAUCGUCCUCUCAUUCCCGUUUCAACAUGUUCAACUGGUGUUUGGACAUUAUCUAUUGGAUGUGAAACAUCGAAUAAAAGUGAAUUAACAUUUUCUUCAGCGUGCCGCCAUGAAACCGUACCUGACGUACAAGUUAUAACAUCAAUUAAGGGUAUUUGUCUAGCAUCAUGGCGUUCAGAUGAACAAUUUCAGCGUACGAUUAUUCUUUAUGAGCAAACACGAGCUUUUUGUUUGAUUCAACCAUUAAAACCAAACAUAGCAAGUUGGAUAUUGUCAGAAUCAAGUUGUACAGAGAUCGAUGUAUCAUCAAUCAAUGUUGAAAAUAGUUUAAGCUAUUCAGAUAAUUGUCAACAUUAUAUAAAGUCGUCAGAAUUUUUAACAACAAAUAAUAGUUCAAUUGAAAGAAUAUCUUAUUUAUUAUUUUCUUUUUUACUUGUUCUUUUACUAUGCAAGUAUUAA